AUGUUUCUGAAAAGAAACAGCUGUUUACUGGUGUUUGUGUUGUGCUCUCUGGCCCUAUGGUGCAAGUCGGCCAGUGCAGGCUCCAGCUUCCUCAGCCCUUCACAAAAACCUCAGAACAGGGGGAAGUCUUCCAGGGUUGGCCGCCAAGUCAUGGAGGAGCCUAGUCCACCCACUGAGGACAACCACAUCACAGUAACCGCUCCCUUUGAAAUUGGCUUCACUAUGAAAGAGGAGGACUUUGAGGAGUACAGUGUGGUGCUGCAGGAGAUCAUUCGGCGCCUGCUGGGGAACACAGAAGGUUUGGCUAAUUCCUCUGUUUUAGACAUAAAAAGAGAGACCAUCUCAACUUUGAAGACCAUGGACAAGAACUUCAAAUUUGCUCCCUCAAUGCCUUCCAAAUUCAACUUCACAAGACAGUGA